CAUAAUUUGGCGACAACUGAUCUUUGUGUUGGCCUAGUUGCAGAACCUCUCAAUGUUGCCUAUUGGAUGUCUCUGGUUUACGAAGACUGGGAUGUUUGUAGGUUCUCAGCGAUUGCAUCCUUUAUGGCAGGCUACGUGUUGGCGUCGGUAUCUAUAUUGACGUUGACUGCGAUAAGUGUGGACAGGCUUCUCGCUCUCUUACUGGGGCUAAGGUACAAACAGGUUGUAACAUUAAAGCGAACAUAUGCAGUUGUAACGACCUUUUGGGUAGUUUCCUGUGUCGUUGCGCUAUUGUACCUCGCAAGCCACCGUAUUACCGUCUGGUAUGGCCGUAUUACUAUAGUAUUUUGUCUUACGAUCACAGCCGUCUCGUACACUUACAUUUUCCUCAAGCUUCGUCGCCGUCAAACUGAAGUUUAUAAACGUGUGCAGGAAGCACAUCCAAAGUUGACAGUUCCACUUGACAUUGGGCGAUACAGAAAAGCAGUGCAUAGUGCAGUGUGGGUUCAGCUUGCAAUGGCUCUCUGUUAUCUUCCAUAUCUCGUUGUGAUGGCAUUACGUAACAACAUAACAAUGUCUUCAUCGUAUUUUCUGGCUUGGGCAGCAUCAGUUUCAUUAGUGUAUUUUAACUCAUCACUUAACCCAUUUCUUUAUUGCUGGAAGAUUGCUGAAGUGAGACAAGUAGUAAAAGAGACAAUUCGUCCAGCGCUUUGUUGCGUUUGCAGUUUUAUCAAUGUCGAUUAAUUAAAAAGCACUCAUCUUAACAAAUUUUAGGGAUAUGAACAAUCAAGAUUGCAAAUCAUUUCGUGUCAUCUUCACUGAUCACUAAC